GUGCGGGUCCCCAUGGCGACGGCGCCCCGCUGCGGCCGCGCGCUCCUGCGGCUGCUCCGCGCUGGGCGGGCCGAAGAGGAGGCGGCCCCUCCGCGAGGACUGGAAGAAAAUAAUUUGCUGAGAUGUCAGCUGGGGAUUCUUCUAGAAAAACCCUGGAAAUGGAGUGCUUCCACACAAGAUUCAGUGCCUGGACACCUUUCAGCAAUAAGUCAUUAAAUAGACAGCUCUUUCAGGAAAGAGUUGCUCUUAUAAGUCAUUGGUUUGACCUCUGGACUAACAAGCAACGUCAAGAAUUCUUAUUCACGAUUUUUUUACGAUGCUCCAAAUCACAAUUAAGGUGUGUCCAAGACUUUUCAGAAAGGAUGCAAGUGGCCAAACUGGAUUUCUCUACAGUGUUACCACGCUUCAUUUCUCUAUAUAUCUUUUCCUUCCUGAAUCCAAAAGAUCUGUGUGCAGCUGCACAAGUCAGCUGGCCCUGGAAGUUUUUAACUGAACAGGAUUGCUUAUGGAUGUCCAAAUGCAUUAGGUUUGGGUGGUUUCUGCCCUAUACUCCAGCAGAUAAUGAGUAUGGUGCUUGGAAGCAUCAUUACAUUGCUUGUGUGUCCAACUUAGAUUGGCUAACACCUAGGGAAGCUGCUGCUAUCUAUGGGACCCUGAAUGAACCCAAAACAAAAUAUGAGGAGUUGCAGGAGAAACAAAGAGAAAAGUGCUUAAGAAAAUUAAUUUGGGAGAAAAGUGCACUACGUAAGAAGGAGUUAUUCAAAGUUCGACCCCCUUGGGUGAGCGGAACAUGCUGCUCUAGAUUGUUAAAAUCCAAAUGCCAGCCACGUCUCUCCCAGGCUCUGAAGGAUCUGAGGGAUCGAGGGGGAUUACAUGAAGCUUUGGAGAAACAGCUUGUUUUGGCAUCCUUAGAAGCUUUGCCCAAGCAAAACAAUCUUUCUGGAAGCCAUUCCUACCCUUUAUUAUCAAAGAAAACUUGGCAUGGAGUUCAUAAAAAUGAUGACAGCUCUUCACAUGCUUCCCAGCCCCACUUCUUAUUAAUAUCAUCUCGGAUUCCUGCAUAUGAGAUAGUGGUGGCCAGCAUUAGGACAGGUAUCAUUUCUGUGGUGUAUGAACAUAGCAGCUUAACCUUGGACAGCCUGCUUUAUCUCAUAGAAAAAGCUCUGGAUGGGCAGAAGGUACAAAGUAUGGGGAUAUUUAGUGAUGGAGACAGCAGAGAAAUCAAUUUACUCCAAGGUUAUAAAAUUGGUAUUAAAAAUUUACUGAGGCCUGAAGUGAGAGACUUCUGGGAGAAGUUAGGAAGCUAUGUGGCCCCUGAAGAAGAAGGGGGUCAUGUGGACCUCUUUGUACCACUUGGAGCAUCAGAGGCAGGAAUACAAGUUCUUUCCCAGCUGUCUCAGCUAACUGGCACGUUCUUUACUGCCCCAACGGGAAUUGCAACAGGCUCUUACCAACACAUUCUCAGUGAUUGGCUGGGACGACCGGAAAGGGCUCCAUGUUCCAUCUACUUCAGCGAAUCAAAGCUGUACACGUGGUCCCGUGUCACAGACUUUCUGGAAGACACCUUGAAAUCAGUAAGGAAGCAGUUGAGUCCUCUCUUCAAGGAGUUGCAGAAGAAUAUCAGUGCCAGGAUAAUAGGGCAAUUUACUUUUGACAACAUGAAUAUGGCUAACAUUCUGGAUAACCAAGAAAUUUCACAAGCUCUGGCUGAUGGAUUGAUGGAACUUUCAAAAGAUAAUUCUGACAAACCUCUGGAAUUUUUGUCAGAUUUUCUGCUGAAGAAAUGUGGUAAAGGGAGCCAGGAUCUUGAAGAAAAUGUUAUUCCGACAAAAUGUGACCCAAAGGCAGCGUUCAGUUUACUCCCAAAGGAAAGAAAUGUUAUAGAAGACAGCCCUCAGGACACAAAAUCAAGUCUCAGCAAAAACGAUCCAAACUUGGAGAUGCUGGUUAAACUGUGCAGAGAAAUGAUACCAGCAUUCUGUGCUUUCCUGAAGAGGCAUGAUAAGACCAUUGCUACCAAAAUGCUGAGCCUCGCAGAGCUGCUUUUGUACCCAUCCCGAAGAUUCGAAGAAUAUAUUAAUCUUCUCUAUGCUCUGAGGCUUCACACUCCUGCAGAACACGUUGACCGUGGGGACUUGACCACUGCAAUUGACCAAAUCAAAAAAUAUAAAAGUUAUAUAGAUCAGAUGAAGCAAAACAUCAGGAUGAAAGAUCAGCUGCCAGACAUACAGAGAAUCGUGCGGGGAUGCCCGCCUCUAUCAGAAGAAAACAGAUAUUUGAUUAGGGUACAAGAUGUAGCCCAACUUCACUGCUGUGAUGAGGCAAUGUCAAGAAUGCAUUUAUUCUUCAUGGUCCAAAACAUGAAUGGAUUUGUGCUACAGAGGCUGAGGAUGAUAAAUUCCUAUGGUUGUCAGUGCUCCAAAGUGCAAUCAAAAGUAGUAUGGAGAAGUGAGAAAACAUUAUGGACGCUAAUUCUCCCUGGCAAAGAUGGUGUAUUUUGUGUUCCAGAAGAUACAGUAGGAAGCGGAAUGAUGAUUUGUCAUGGAUGAUGGGAGAAUGAACUAGGAUGACCCAUAAAGUCCCUCCUAACUUUUAAACUUUAUCACCUAUGUUCAACUAUGCAAAGAAAUGUAUAGUAAUAACAAUUUGAGCCCAAAAUUUUGAAGCACUUCUUUUUGUAGUUAUUUUUCAGACAGUAUUAUUUAAUUUGACUGAUAAAACCUAAGACAGAACAAGGAUAAUUGUGUACUUAAACUUUUGUUUUAUGAUCUAAUGAAAAAGUCAGUAUAAACAAGCAUUUCUUAAUGAUCAGUCUAGAGAAAUAUUUUGAUUUACCAAUCCCAUCUUUAUAAAUUUUCAUGAUAUAAUUAUUGAUUUAAAAAUGUGUAUAAGAAUUUUAAAGGGCAAUUUACUCAAAAACCUAUUACAUACAUCCUUAAUGUGAACAUACUCCUCCAGAGAGCAUUAAAAAUAAACCACUAUGAAGUACUAAAAAGUACCGUGAUUUUUUUAAUUUUUUUUUUUUUUAAUUUAUUUAUGAUAGUCACAGAGAGAGAGAGAGAGAGGCAGAGACACAGGCAGAGGGAGAAGCAGGCUCCAUGCACCGGGAGCCCGACGUGGGAUUCGAUCCCUGGUCUCCAGGAUCGCGCCCUGGGCCAAAGGCAGGCGCCAAACCGCUGCACCACCCAGGGAUCCCUGAUUUUUAAGUGUCUUUUGGUUGCAAAGUUAAAAUUUUCAGACCUUCCAAGUAAGAAGUUUCAAAAAGUUAAAUUAGACAUUGUUAAAUUAGAAGGCUGUUGGGGGGAAAAAAAACUUUUAGGAAACAAAAAUAAUUAAGACAAUUGUGUUUCAAGAAACAGCAAAACAGGUGUUCAGUAGUUUUCUGUACUUUUAAAAUCAUUUAAUUAUUUAACAAACUGAAGCUAUAAAUCUAUUAGCCACUUGGAACUUCUGCUGAUGUAUACACAUUUUUUAAGUAAAGUCGGUAUUAAUCUUGGGAGCUUUCAUUUGUCAGUUUCCUUUCUCUUUCAUAUUCUCUUUUCAGAUAAUAAAAAUCUACAAGUAUACCCUUGGACUGUGAACUGGGCUAUUUUAAAGUUUCUUUUUUCCAAUAACAUACAAAAUUCCUUCUAAUUCUUAAAAAUUUAAAUUCCUAUUAAAAAUGUAGAGAAGUUAAAAUAUUGUUCUGUGUUAUUAGUAUAAAAUCACACUUUGAUUCUGUGAUCCUACAGAAUAAACCUCUACAUCUGAUGUUGGUCAGCAGUGAAUGCAAAUUUACAUAUGUGAUCAAAAUGUAUCUAUAUCAUAUAAAUAUGAAACAAAUCAUACGACAUUAUAUCAUCCUGAAUAGGGCACACUGCAGAAGCUGUUAAUAGGAAAAACCAAUCUAUAUGGCUGAAGAUUGAAUGACAAGAUAGCUGAAAGUAAAUUAGAAAUCUCCAGAAAUUUCCAUUUAUUUCAUGAAUAAUCAAUGCCCUCAGAUGUUUUAAAACAUUAUUAUUUGAAAAUAAUCUCUGUAGCAACUGAUAAGCAUAAGCUUCUAAUUGAGAGUUAAAUGCAUAAAUCAUGCAAAAAAUGAUGAUGUUUGCAUUGGGUGGUACUUAUGUUGUUUGUGGUCACAAUACCUUCCCUUCGCUUCUAGGAGACAAUCAAGAAAGACCUGUCUUCAUAGCAUCUUCAUAAGUUUACAUGACUGCUGAGGUAAAAUCACACACACAACAAUUCUAGGUUAUUGGCAAAACUGCUCCAAUUUUCACUGGGAAAAUAAGAAUAUCUGCCCCUCAAGUUAACAUAGAAGAACCUGGAAGUACCACAGGACCGCCAAAGAACACUGAUUAUGGUUAAAGGAUGCCUCAACCAAUACAGUUCUUUCAAAUCAAAAAUUAAGUAGGAAACUCAUUUUCAAAAUUUUUACAAAAUAUAGAUGCUUUAUGUAAAAUAUUAAACCUAAAAAACAAAUUGACAAUUUAUUUAAUUUUCUCUCCUUUUACAAGUAUUUGUGCUUGAGAUAUAGAUGGGAAGGCCAUUCUGUAAACCAAAUCUGUGUGAGGUGCUGGCCAGGUAAAUAUGCUGAACCAAUGUCAUGUAUUCCUGAUACUAUGGAGUAAGAUGGGUGGGCUAUACCAACAAACAAAAUAUAUCCUCCAAGAAAAGUCAUCCUGACCCUUUUAUUGUUGAAAUUAAAAAAUAAAAGAUACUUAAAUACAGGUGAACAUAUAGGGCAAAACAGAAUCAUAAAAUUUAACGUUGAAUUAAGCAGUGAGCUGAAUGUUUGGGUCUCCAAAUUGGCUUGAACCCAAAACUGCUUAAAAAUGGGUAUGUUCACAGUUAACGGCAAUUGGCUUAUAGGUGAGAGAAUGGUCGAAGCUGUUCCAGUUGAACUUCCAGAGAAAUUCUCUCCUCAAGAACAUCCUGAAAAAGAUGCAAAACUAAGUUAUGUUUCGAAGUAUAUAAAAGUAAGGCACAUCUAACAACAACUCAGUAUCAAGGAAACAAUCUAAAUUUGUUAAGAAGAUGA